GCCCUUAGCAACGGGCCUAGCGACGGUCUCCGGCGGCUGCCGCCAGGCGCCGGCUCCAACGCGCCAGUCCACUGAUGCGGGGGCUGGCCCUGCCCGGGGAAGGACGGAAGGGGGGCCCGUGUGUCCCCGCGGCGGCUGCAAGAGGAUCUAAGCAUGGAUGGCAGCCGGAGAGUCAGAGCAACCUCUGUCCUUCCCAGAUAUGGUUCUCCGUGCCUACUUAAAGGACACUUGAGCACCAAAAGUAAUGCUUUUUGCAUUGACUCCUCCUCUCUCAGACUAAGUACUCUCCACCUGGUCAAGAAUCACAUGGCUGUUCACUAUAAUAAAAUCCUUUCAGCCAAAGCUGCGGUAGACUGUUCAGUUCCAUUAAGCAUGAGUGCCAGCGUCAAAUAUGCAGACCAACAACGAAGAGAGAAACUCAAAAAGGAACUGGCACGAUGUGAAAGGGAGUUGAAACUAAAUAAAACAGCAAUGCCGGCCAAUUCUAAAAGUCAUUCCAAGUCAUUAUUUAACACUCUCCAAAAGCCUUCAGGAGAACCGCAAGAGGAGGAUGUGUUACUCGGAGAAGUGAAUGGAUUUCCAUCCUUCACAAGGUCGCCAGGAACUUCUUCAGAGAGACUGCGGCUGCAUCUGCCUCGAUCUGAGAAAGUCCUCCCGGACGGCCCUGAGAAGAGCCCCAGCUCCUCCGUGCUCAGCGAGGACUGCGCCCCCUCUGGGCCUAGGAAAGCGCGCUCCGGCGCUUCGUGCGGCCGGGGGCCCAGGGGCACGGUCCCCAACACCCGGCGGUUUCAGUUAGUGAUUUCAAAAGCACCCAGUGGGGACCUUUUGGAUAAACACUCUGAACUGUUUUCCAACAGACAUUUGCCAUUCACUCCACGCACUUUAAAAACAGAAGCAAAAUCUUUCCUGUCACAUUACCGAUAUUACACGCCCGCCAAAAGGAAAAAGGAGUUCACAGAUCAGUGGAUAGAAGCUGAAACCCAGACUGAUUUAAGCAGCUUUAAAUCUGAUUCUGAGGCAGUUGAGACCAAGAACUUCACGGAGUCGGAAAAGAACAUAGAGCAGGCAUCUAAUUGUGUGACCUAUGACCCCAAAGAAAAAAUAACUCCCUUACCCUUACAAGGGCAUGACCUGCCGUGGGAGGAGAUGAAAGAUGGCACUCCUCAGUGUUCCUCACCAAGGGCAGAAUGUCAGUAUUCUUUGCGGUGUCCUCCAGAGAGAAAAAUCCACUCUGAUGAGGAAGAACUCUUGUAUCUGAGUUUCAUUGAAGAUGUAACAGAUGAAAUUCUGAAACUUGGUUUAUUUUCAAACAGGUUUUUAGAACGACUAUUUGAGCGACACAUAAAACAAAAUAAACAUCAUUUGGAGGAGGAAAAAAUGCGCCACCUGCUGCGGGUCCUGAAGGUGGACUUAGGCUGUGCAUCCAAGGAAAACUUAGUCGAGCUGGAUGACAUGGACAUGCUGAAUGUACUGGACCUUGAACAGACUGAGGAUUCAGAAAAAAAUGAUUAUAAAAGUAAAUACGAUGUCACAAUUCGACAGGAACGCCAGCAAUACCAGAGAGCUCUGGAUAUGUUGCUGGCCCUACCGAAGGGUGAGAACCAGAGACUCUCUUCACCGAAUGAAUUUUUCCUGCCCAUCUACAAACCCAAGUAUUCAGAAAGGGCUAUAAUUCAGCAAGUGAAUGAUGAAAUGAAUCCCGGACCUUCCGUUUCGGAUGAAAAAAAUCCAACUGUUUCAGACGGUUUAACAGACCAAGAAACCUCUGUGAAUGUCAUUGAAGGCGACAGUGACACCGAAAAGAUGGAGACCUCGAAUGAACUGUGUCAUCUGAGCACGGAACUCUCCCCGUCUCUUCAGCUUCACCGCGUCCAAGGUGACAGCAGUCAUGACAUGGAAGGGCCAACUCUUAAAAUCAUGGAAAUGAGCAUUGAGGACCGCCCUUUGGGUGUUUGAUCUUCAUUAAUAAAUAUCCCAAAUGGCCAAUAAUC